AUGUAUUGGACGCUGCACUUUCUAGUCACCCGCCUCCCUGACUCUCUGCGCUCGGUCAGGGAUCACUUCCUAGCGCGCUGUCCUUCCGACCUCACCAUAGACCUCCUAGAGGAGCAGCUUUUGACCGCUGAGAGCAGCAUAGUCAGUGUAGGUGCUGCUCGCGGCGCUCCUCGCACCCCCAUCUUUGAGGGGUGCUCUCCUUCCCCUCUCGCUCCCUCCUUCGCUAUUGCUGCUGCUGUAGACUUCCUUGGAGCCGACUCCGUUGGCGCUGCCUCCAUUUCUAGCGGGCGGCGCCGCAGCGGCAAGGGCAAGGGAGGCAAGGGCGGUGGUGGCAGCGGCGGAGGAGGAGGAGGUGGAGGAGGUGGGGGUAGUGGUGGGGGUGGUGGCGGCGGUGGUGGAGGUGCUGGUGGGCGUGGCAGCGGCGGAGGGGGUGGUGGUGGUGGUGGCGGCGGUGGAGGUAGUGGUGGUCGAGGAGGUGGCGGCGGCGGUGGUGGUAGCGGAGGCGGUGGUGUUGGCGGUGGUGGCGGAGGCUCCCGUGGUGGGGGCUCUGGUCAGCGCUCGCAGCAGCAGCGGUCCCUCACGCCUCAGGAGCUUCGUGAGUGGUUAGUGCAGAGGGGUACGUCUGGGGGUGUUAGCUGUCCGUAUGUAAUUCGCAUUGGCCCCCGUGCUGGUCAGACAUGCGGCAAGGCCCAUACCCAGCAGCGCUGCUUCUCUAGGCUUGACGACGCCUGGCGUGCUGAGAUGGGCGAGGAGGUAGAGACCCCUCGCUGGUACGAUCUGCUUAAGAAGGGUGUAGACAUCUUUGCUCUUGAUUAUGAUGCUAUUAUCUCUGCCAUGUAUGCAUUGACUAUUAGUGCUGAGGGUGACUGCUACCUAUGUCUGCCGCCUGAUCCAGGUAUAGAGUCUUCUGCUCGUGGUGCUUGCGAGUUUGCCUCCUCAGGUGCUGCGUCUACUGCCUUAGGUGCGAGCGAGUCUGCCCUGUCCGAUACUGAGUCCCCUACUGCCCUACACACCUUCACUCUUGACUCAGUCCUUGCACGGUCCUCCACUGUGCUUCCUUGCCCAGCAUUCCCGUCCGGUGAGCUGUCAGGUCUCCACCUCCCCUCAUUCUCUACGAACUUGCGCGCCGCUCCUCACUCCUCCUCGUUUCCUCCCACAGAGGCUCCCCUGCAGACGCUCCACAUGGACGUGUGGGGCCCAGCCCGCGUCAGUGGACAGGGUGGCGAGCGGUACUUCCUGAUAGUUGUUGACGACUACUCACGCUACACCACGGUCUUUCCCUUGCGCACCAAGGGUCAGGUCCCGUUGGUGCUGAUCCCUUGGAUCCGAGUCGUGCGUCUUCAGCUCCGCAGGAGGUUCUGCACCGACCUCCCUGUUCUGCGUCUGCACUCUGACCGAGGCGGGGAGUUUGCUUCCGACUCCCUGCGUGACUUCUGUCAGGAGGAGGGCAUCACCCAGUCGUUCACGCUUCCGGGCUCACCACAGCAAAAUGGGGUUGCUGAGCGCCGCAUUGGCUUGAUCAUGGAGGUUGCUCGUACCUCCAUGAUCCAUGCGGCGGCUCCCCAUUUUCUGUGGCCGUUUGCGGUCCGGUACGCCGCGCAGCAGCUCAACCUCUGGCCCCGUGUCUCCGUGCCGGAGACCUCGCCUACACUGCGUUGGACGGGGGAGGUUGGUGACGCGUCGGCGUUCCGGGUCUGA